GAGGGGGACACCCCGUUUUCGCGGGGCGGGCAGCGACCCGCUGGCAGCGCAGGGGCCGCAGCAGCAGCAGCAGGCUCCGCACGCCGGCCCGCGGUACCCAGGCAGGCGGCGGCCGGGCUGCAACGGCUGCGGGUGUCCCGGGGCCGCUGCCCGCCCCCCCCGCGCCCGCAGCCCGGCUCAGGCCAGGAGAGGGAGCCGCGGCCCGCGCUCGCCGCCCAACCCGCCUCCGCCCGCCAGGACCCCGCAACUGCCAGAGGGACAUCGCGGCGCCUCCCGCCUCACCGACCCGCCUCCGCCUCGCUCGCUCCCCGCCCCGGCCCCCCCCCCCCCGGCUUCCGCAGUGACACCCCCCCGCGGGGCUGGGGGCACCCCCGCCGGCCGGGGAGCGCUCCCCGUGCGGUAGGGGGCGCGGGGGGCGCGCGGGAGGAGGAGCGGGAGGAGCAGCAGCAGCAGGAAGAGGAGAGGAGGAGAGCGCGGGGCAGAGCCGCGCGCGCUCCCCGCGCCCUCAGGAUGAAGAUGGUCUGUGCCGUGCUGUUUACGCUCUGGCUGCACAUGGUCACCCUUGGCAGUGGCUCAGAACGCUGCGAUGACUGGGGUGUGGACACCAUGAAGCAGAUCCAGAUUUAUGAAGGGGAACCUGCCAAGAUCAAAUGCCCGCUUUUUGAGACCUUCUUGAAGUACAACUACAGCACAGCCCAUUCUGCUGGCUUAACCCUGAUCUGGUACAGGAUUGCGCAGGACCAAGAUCUGGAGGAGCCUAUUAAUUUUCGUCUCCCGGACAAUCACAUCAGUAAGGAGAAAGAUACCCUUUGGUUCUGGCCUGCUCUUCUGAAUGACACUGGGAAUUAUACAUGCAUGCUCAGAAAUACAACCUACUGUAGCAAAGUUGCAUUUCCUUUGGAGGUUGUUCCGAAAGACCAACACUCUUGUGUGAGCCAUUCAAUAAAACCCACUGAGGAGAUGUUCUACUUGGAGCAUGCCAGUGAGAUCGUAUGUCCGGAUAUUGAUGGGUUUUACCCUGCUAGUGUAACACCAACCAUCAAGUGGUACUUGAACUGCAACUUGGUCAAGGGCUUCUACAUCCAAGGGCCCAGGCUUGUCAUUGGCAUUGUCCGCAGUGCAUAUAGAGGGAAUUACACCUGUAUCGUGACAUUCAAGGACCAUGGAAGAACCUAUAAUCUCACCAGAACCAUAAAGAUGAAGGUGGUGGGAUCUCCAAACAAGGCCUUGCCACCACAGUUCAUCUCUCCAAAUGAGAAAGUUGUCUACGAACUGGAAGCAGGAGACGACCUUGUUUUGUCCUGUGAGGUCUUCUUCACCUUCCUGAAGGACUCCCGGACUGAGGUGUGGUGGACCAUAGAUGGAAAAAACACAGAUGACAUCACGGAUCCCAAGAUAAAAGUCACACAAAGUGAAAUUACUAGAGAAUUUGAAGACAAAACUGUCAUAAGGACUCUAACAGUUGCAAAAGCCACACCGGAGGACUUGAAACGGAAUUAUACUUGCUAUGCCAGAAAUGCCAAAGGCGAGGACCAUAGCCAGGCCAUAGUGCACAUGAAAGUUGUAGCACCGAAGUACACCGUGGAGCUGGCAUGUGGACUGGGGGCAACCAUCCUGCUCAUUGUGGUGCUGAUAGUCAUCUAUCAUGUUUAUUGGCUUGAAAUGGUCCUCUUCUAUCGGGCUCAUUUUGGAACAGAUGAAACCAUUCUAGACGGGAAGGAGUACGAUGUGUAUGUGUCCUACGCACGCAAUGCAGAGGAGGAGGAAUUUGUGCUGCUGACACUGCGGGGAGUCUUGGAGAAUGAGUUUGGGUACAAGCUGUGUAUCUUCGACAGAGACAGCCUUCCUGGGGGAAUUGUCACAGACGAAACCCUGAGCUUCAUCCAGAAAAGCCGACGUCUGCUUGUUGUCCUGAGCCCCAACUACGUCUUGCAGGGGACACAGGCCCUGCUGGAGCUCAAGGCUGGUCUAGAGAAUAUGGCCUCCAAGGGCAACAUCAAAGUCAUUCUAGUGCAGUACAAAGCCAUCAAGAAGAGCAAAGUGAAGGAGCUGAAGCAGGCCAAGGCGGCCUUAACUGUCAUUAAAUGGAAAGGCGAAAAAUCCAAGUUCCCAAAGAGCAGGUUCUGGAAUCAGCUGCGGGUGGAAAUGCCAGUGAAAAAAAUCGGCAGGAGUCUGAGCCUUGAGAAACUCAUACGUAUCCCUGAAAAAUGUUUGACACCAUCAGAAAACAAACCAAAACAAACCCCAAAAAUCCACAACUUAGGCCAGGCAGUGGAAAGGAACUCGGCGUGUUUCCCAAGCAGUUCAGAGGACAGUGAUGCCUCCAUGCAGCUUUUCUGCUGCCCUGGCAGUAGAGAGACCAAAGAUGCAUAUACCUUGCCUCUGCAGAUGCACAUCCUUGUCAUCAACCAUACAAGCCCUGGGCUCAACGUCUAAAUUUGGGCUAUUCAGGUGGGAUGCAGCCUUCACAUGGGGAUAGCUUAGUAUUUGUACAGGCCAGUACUCCUAGAUGCAGUUCCUCUGGGACCUUUGUUAGCAUCCAGGACAGAGUUCCUUUCCUCUCCUAAGUGGCUUCACUCCUUCCUGGUUGUUGGUCCCAGUUGCAGAGGCUGGGGAACAGUUUGAAAGGUGGCUCCAAUACAAAACCUUUCAUACAUGUGCCAGAUAUAUAGCCCUGAUCAUUCUUCAGUGGGAGGAGUGUAGACUCUUGAGGCUUCUCAUCUUUGCUCCCUGCAUUUCUGGAGGAGCAGGUGCGUUCAGAUAGUUUGGCAAUGUGAAAUGGCUGUUACAAAAGCAUUUAAAAAACCCCAAACCCAAAAAACUCUGCUAGGUGAUAUUUGUAUUGUAGCAUUUCUACUAAUGAGUGGUUAGUCUCUGGGACUUUGCAGUCUCCUGAGUAUCCCAGAUUCUUCAGGGCUGUAAUGCUUGUAGUCCAGGGGAAAUGUCUCAUUAGUACGGGCCAUGGAGCAUGUCUGAGAGAUGCUUCUUCGCUGAGUAAACUCAGGGACUUCACAAGCAAGUACCCCAAUUUACUACUGAAGCCACCUACUGUCUCUGUGCUGCUGGCUGGGGGAAAGCAUCGUGCAAGGCACUGCCAAGACCUCUGGGGUGACAGUGGAUGUAUGUCCAACUCCCCAGGAGAGCCUACAGACUUGUUUGAACUUAAUAAAAACUGCUAGCUCUGUCUAGCUGGGUAAGACUAUGAGGAAAGGCUGAGAGAGAUGGGGUUGUUCAGCCUGGAGAAGAGAAGGCUCCAGGUAGACCUUAUUCUGGCCUUUCGAUACUUACAGGGGGCUUAUAAGAAAGACGGGUACAGACUUUUUAGUAGGGGCCUGUUGCAAUAGAACAAGGGGUAGUGGUUUUAGACUAAAAGAAGUUAGAUUCAGACUAGAUUUAAGGAAGAAAUUUUUUACAGUGAGGGUAGUGAAACACUGGAACAGGUUGCCCAGGGAGGUGGUAGAUGCUGCAUUCCUGGAAACAUUCAAAGGUAGGUCGGACGGGGCUCUGAUCAACCUGAUCUGGUGGAAAAUCUCCCUACUGGUUGCAAGGGUGUUGGACGAGAUGACCUUUAAAUGUCCCUUCCAUCCCAAACUAUUCUAUGAUUGUAUGAAGCUUCGGUGUUCUCUGCCUGGGUAUGAACAAUUUCACCAUUCAUAAUUCAGGACUCAGGUUUAACCUAGCCUUGGCAUUACAAAGCAAGUCUCUGCCCAACUUAUUUCCCGCCCAGAGUUGCAGAACAGAGGAUGUAUCUCAGCUUCUGCAACCGACCUUUGCACAAAAUGGAAAUAUAAAAAUAACCCACUAAGUACCAGCCCUUGCUUCAGUGGGAGACAGCAGGCAUAGGAGAGGACCUGGUGAGUUAACCCCUGGCAGACAGGCUUUUCAGACCCAGGAGGUGAGCAUCCCUUCCCUUGUAUGACAGACCAAAGCACGGUGGGACCCUGGCAUUGACUGGUACUGUUGUUCACAAUGUUUCCACAUAGAACUACAAGCUCUGGGGGUGUCUUCAUACACCUGUAGCUCCCAGUGCAAGGACCUGCCCACUUAAUUGUGGAAUUUAGUGUUACGCACACUAAGUGCAUGCUUAUUUGUCGUUGAUAAUGUUUGUUUCUGAGUCACCUCUGACUCAUUCUUUCACUCUGUUGUCUUCCAGCGGGUGAAGCACAUCCAUUCAUAAUGGUAUUAAAAAAAGCACUACAAUUUGGAGUCUGUGUGCUGUUCACCUGGCUGAGCAGGGAGGUUUAAGGGCAUCGCAGUAAACAGCCCAAGAUUAAAGGUGUGGGGCUGAAUCCUAGAGCAGUGAAGCCUCUUGCUCUUAGUAUCUCAUGAUUAAUGAUGUUAUUCCAGGGCAGCGGGGAGCCGCAGCCACCUGUGCCAUUGGGCAAGUACUGUACAAAUGUGGAACAAACAAAGCUUCUUUCUCACCUUCCUCUUCAUCCUACCCACCCCAAGUAGGCUUUGCUUUAAGCAGAUCAAAUUGCAGUCAGCUUCACUGAAGGUAGUGGAGCUCCUCAUCUGCUUAGUUUAUAUGAGAUAGCACCCAAACCCAUGCUCAACUUUGUGAACCUAUUGCGACCACGUCGUUUUGCCCAGCUUCACCUUUUUGUUUGUGUUUUCAGCGUCUCGGUAAUUAGCUGCCAGAUCUGCAGGGAGAGGGAAGGCCCUGAGGCUAAAGCAGAACUGUGUUGGAUUCCAAUUUGAUUUUUAAAAAAGUGACUCAAAACAGCACAUAAAUUUAGUUACCAUCCCAGAGCUUACCACAUCACAUCUCACUUUUGGCUGAGGUACGAAGAGAUCUUCUGCUGAUAUUUUAGUAAGUGAUUAUUUUAGGAGGUUAAAUCCACCUAAUUUAUUUUGCUGGUUUUAUUCAGAGAGUUUUCCAAAUAAAUAAUAGACUGGGACUUUCUCUGGCAUGCAUUGCAGUAGCCUUUGGUGCCAUCGCAAUCCCACAACAGGAUUACUGAGAGACAUCAGCAGAGCACCCACAAGGCAAAAGGUGCGAUGGUCUGAAAGGGGCCCAAGAGGUCCCAAGGGAGCAGUGUGCAAGGGGUAGUGCUGGAGCAGGCUCUGCUCCCCCGGGAGCUUUACCACUGGCUUUGCUGGGAGCUCUCAGGCCAGGGGUGAAGCCCAGUCCCAGUCAUAAUGUAGAUCUGCAAAGCACCUCAGAUGUGCCUGCCAUUUCAUCCUGUGCCACAUGUGGUUUCCAUUGUGGAAUUCUGUCAGAGCAUCUGUCUAGUUCAGUUGGUUCAUUUCAGUUUCUGUGCUCUAACCUAGUGUUUAGCAAUACGAAGUUCAUAUAAAGUUCUUCAUUGUUAUUUCAUGGGGAAACAGCAUGGCACAAACUGGAAAAAAUACCUCCCCACCCGCCCCGUGCCAUUUGAUGUUGAACAGCUGGUCCAAAGUUUUCCCUUCUGUUUCCUGUAUGUUUUGUGGUUUUGGUCUGUGAAGUGUCAGUAUUAUUUUAUUUUGCUUUUCAAUAAAACGUUUUCACUUCUGCAUUUCA